UUUUACUUCUUCCAGCUUCCAUAUUCAUUUCUCGUUGAGGAGCAGGCGAAGCGCACCACCACUACCACUUCAAAUACCCAUCCUCCCAAAAAAAAAAGAUAGAUAGACAUGGUUUCGACAAAGACAAUCGUUGUGGCCUCUGCCGUGACCGCCGCCGUCGCCGCUGUCAGCUACGCCGCCUACUUUGACUACAAGCGCCGCAACGACCGCCAGUUCCGGCGCAAGCUGCAGAGGGACCGCAAGAAGGCAGAGAAGGCCGCGGGCAAGUCGGCAAAGACCGCCUCGGUAGACGUUGAGGAGCAGGCGAUUGAGCUGCUGAACCAAGUAGCGAAGGAGAAGCUGCCGGUGACGGCUGAGGAGAAGGAGCAGUUCUUCAUGGCACAGGUAUCCAAGGGCGAGACGCUGUCUGCUGCAGGUCCCGGAGCGUAUGCUGAGGCUGCGUGCCGGUUCUACCAGGCGCUGAAGGUGUACCCGAACCCGAUCGAACUGGUGAUGAUUUACCAGAAGACCACCCCGGAGCCUGUGUUCAAGCUAGUUAUGUCCAUGAUGGCCCAGGAGGUGCGCCAGAAGCAGGCCCGGUACUUUGACGUGUUCCCGCCGAAGGACAAGAAUGUCGAGAUCAAGGACAAGAACAAGAAGGAGAAGAAGAGCAAGAAGGGAAAGAAGCAGGAGGAGGCGUCCGAGGACGAGGUCGCGACGGCCAACCGCGGCCUGUUUGCCACCAAGGAUUUUGCCGCCGGCGAGGUGAUCUACGAGGAGGAAUCCGUUAUCUCGACCCUGCACCCGCGUGCCCAGAACGGCCAGUUCUGCUACCACUGCCUCAAGGCUAUCCCUGGCGCUACCCCACGUGUCAAGAAGGCUGAACCCGAGGCUGAGAGCGUCGAUGAGACUCCGGUUCCGUUUGAGGAGUCAAAGAUCGAGGAGAUCAUUGAUGAGGUCAAGGAAGUUGACGAGGAUACCAUUGAGGAGACCGCCGAAGAGGCCGCCGAGGAGGCCGCCGAGGAGGCUACUGAGGAAGCUACUGAGGAGGUUGUCGAGGAGGUUGUCGAGGAGGCUGCUGAGGAGGCUGCUAAGGAGACCACGCCAGAGGAGUCCGAGGCCGAAGGUGUUGCUCUGGAGAUCCUGUCGCUUGGCAGCGUCGAGUCUAUCGUCGCUGUGGCUACCCCCGCUCCUACACCGAUCGUCACUGCCGAGCCCAAGGUUGUUGAGGAUGCCCAGGAGGAGGAGGAGGAGGAGGAGAAGGAGGAGAAGAAGCCAACAGAGGAGGAGGUCGCCGAGGCCAAGGACAUUGACACCGCCUUCGACUGCAGCAAGUGCCACGAGGCGGUCUACUGCUCAGAGAAGUGCCGCCAGGAUGCUUUCGACGCUUAUCACCAGUUCCUGUGCCCCAACAGCGGCAGCCCCGCCGCCAAGGAGUUUGCCAAGUUCACCCGCGACAUCCACGAGCUGGCCGGCAUCCUGGUCGCCAAGUUCUUCGGCACUCUGGUCGACCGCGAGAAGAAGAAGGAGCUUGCCCGCACCCUGGGCGGCGCCGAUGACACCGAGGACGAGUACACGACCUGGGAGCACAUCGAGCGCAUGCGCUUCCUGGAGCUGAUCCCCACCGCCAACGACGCCCAGACGCUGCACAAGCUGGGACAGCUGAUGAGCGACUCGGUGCCUGGCCUCAGCGAGUUUGUCAACGAGGAGCGCUUCACUAUGCUCAAGGGCAAGCUCGACUACAACGCCUACGCUGUGCACGCAGCCGAGGGCGUCGAGGUGCCGGCUGAGACCGAGGAGACGCAUGUGUCUGAUUCGGUGCGCGACGACCACUCGUCGGAGCCCGUCGGCAUGGCGCUUUACUUGAUCUCGUCUCAUCUGGCACACGACUGUGACCCGAAUGUGCAGAUCGUGUUCCCCGACAGCACCGACAAGGCAGCCCUCAAGACGCUCAAGCCCAUUGCCAAGGGCGACGAGCUGCGCGUGGCCUACGUCGACCCGGCGCUUGACAAGGAGACCCGGCAGAAGGCGCUCAAGGGCACCUACCGCCUGGACUGCACCUGCCACAAGUGCCAAUCCGAGUAAAUCCAGCACUCGCUGUAUUUGAUUAAAUAAAUUCUUGAUUUUUCGCUACUUGUGCCAAUUGGCCGCAGGCCCGCUUCUAGUCACGAGACCUGCGGGCUGCGGCUAGCAGGAGAAAAAUUAGCAUGGAUGCGGGCAAGCGUUAAACCGAACACGCCCGCUGGCCGCAGACUG